CAAAAUGGGCGGGCCGACAUCAGCUGGGCAAUCUCUUCGGGUUUUGUAAACGCCUGGGGAGGCGCGCAAAGUCCGGACCCUUCAGGCGGCUUUUGUGGGGGUUUCCGGGAGCGGGACCGCGGCGGCGGCCCCGCAGACGGGAUGUUCCGAGGGUUAAGCAGUUGGUUUGGCUUGCAGCCCCCGGGGACAGAGACGGAUGGCGAGCCGUCGGCCGGGGCCACUCCGUCCGAGCAGCGUUCCGACACGGAGGCGGAGCCCCCAGAGGAGCAGCACCCAGAGGACCCGGAGCUCCUCCACCAGGCCAGAGGCCUCGGCAACUAUCUGUUUAACUUUGCAAGUGCCGCCACAAAAAAGAUAACUGAAUCAGUCGCUGAAACAGCACAGACAAUAAAGAAAUCUGUGGAAGAAGGAAAAAUAGAUGACAUCAUUGAUAAGACAAUUAUAGGAGACUUUCAGAAGGAGCAAAAAAAAUUUGUUGAGGAACAACAUACAAAGAAGUCGGAAGCAGCCAUGCCCCCAUGGGUUGACAGUCACGAUGAGGAAACCAUUCAACAGCAAAUCCUGGCCCUGUCAGCUGACAAGAGGAAUUUCCUUCGGGACCCCCCGGCUGGCGUGCAGUUUCACUUUGACUUUGAUCAGAUGUCCCCCGUUGCCUUGGUCAUGCUGCGAGAGGACGAGCUGCUGAGCAAGAUGCGCUUUGCUUUGGUUCCUAAACUCGUGAAGGAGGAGGUGUUCUGGAGGAACUACUUCUACCGUGUGUCCCUCAUCAAGCAGUCGGCCCAGCUCACGGCCCUGGCUGCACAGCAGGCCUCAGUCUCAGUCAAGGAGGAGAAGAGCGGCCCUGUAGGUGCCGACUCGCCGCUGACAGAGGCAGUACGGCCCAAAACGCCACCUGUCGGAAUCAAAUCUCAGCUUAAAACUCAAGAGGACGAGGAGGAAAUUUCCACAAGCCCAGGUGUUUCUGAGUUUGUCAGUGAUGCCUUCGAUGCCUGUAACUUAAAUCAGGAGGACUUAAGGAAGGAAAUGGAGCAACUUGUGCUCGACAGAAAGGAAGAGAAGAUAGCUGUGGCAGAAGAGGAUUCUGCCGAUUGGGAAAAAGAACUGCAACAGGAGCUUCAGGAGUAUGAGGUGGUCACGGAGUCCGAGAAGCGAGAUGAGAACUGGGAUAAGGAAAUAGAAAAAAUGCUUCAGGAAGAAAACUAGCUGUCUCCUGCAAUAAAUAAAUAACCCUUGCCAUUCUGCACACUGACAUGAAAUUCUUGAUGUUGACACUCCCUGAAUCAGAAGGCACAAAAAUUUUUUUUCAAGCUGAAACUUGUCUCUUCUACUUUAAAAGUAUGUAGAACAGUUAUUCUAAUAAUCAUUAAAGGGGUGUUUUAUGUAGCAUUUCCUUAAUAUAAAUCACAUUGGAGUUGUUCUUUUAGGCAGCAUAUAUAGAUAUUUUUGCCACGGAAACACAGGUAAAAUUUUUAGAGUUGUCUUCCAUAAGAUCAGAAGUAUCAUUUCUUACAGUUGUAUAAGCAUUUGUGUUCCUCACUGCAUUGUUGUUGAUACUGAAUAAUUCUAUUGUUCUUACUGAAUAGAUUACUAUCAAAAUGACCAAAUUAUACCAAAGAAUUUAAGAGGAAGCACUUUCAGAACUGUUUUCUUGCUAGUUUCUUUUUUUUCCUAAACUUCCAUCUGAAAGCCAAAAGGUAAGAUAAUGAAGUUGAUUGGAGACACCUGUAAUCCCAGCGCUCAGGAGGCUGAGAGGCAGGAGGAUCGCCAGGAGUUUGAGGCCAGCCUGAACUACAUAGCGAAACCCUCUCAAAAAACCAAAAAAAUAAAAAUGUAAAUAAAUGAAGUUGAUCAGAAUGCUACAAUGAACACAGCUUGACCAUGGGCGAUUCUUUGCAGAGCCAGGUGCCGCCCAAGCUAGAGCACUUGCCUGGUGUGCAUGAGGCCCUGGGUGGGAGUCACAGAAAAAAAGGAAAGAUUAUUAUGCAAAUAUUUGUAAAGGGCCGGGGGGUGUAGCUCAGUGGUACUGCGCCUGCCUGGCAAGCACAAGGUCCUGAGUUCAGUUCCUGGUACCGGAAAAAAAAAUUGUACAAACUGUUUUUCCCCAGGGUCUUGUGUCUUCCAUUGCUUCACUCGUUCUUUCUUUUUAAACUUGACUACAAAUGUGACGUGAUGGUUUUUGUAGCAAGCGGGGCCUUCUGUCCAUUUGUAUUAAUGACUUUCAGAAUCCUGUGUACCCUAAACUGUUCCUGUUUUCAUGGUCACUAUAUAUCAAUGUUACGGCUUUGUCUUAAUUAAACUGCCAGUCUUUCUA